UGAUAAAGGUGUCGACUCGAUGAGUUUAUGAGAUCCAUCCCAACUCUUCACUUCACUUUCCCACUGUGGAAUCUGGAUUGCGAAAGAAAGAAUUGAAAGGAGCUCGGAAGUGUUUUGAAAUCUGGUGGACUCUCUCAAUCUCCCACUCUUUCUCUGUAGAUUGUACACGUACUAAGAUGUAAGGAGGGAGAAGGAUGCGGUCGGUGCUUCGAAGAUGAUGAAGAAGAUGGUUGGAGAGUGGUACCGUUACUGGUUCGAGCCGAUGCCCAGAAGGGUUCCAAGGAGCGUCUGGUUAAGCGUCCAAAAAUCUCAGGGUCUCCUCGUGGGUGGGAAUCACACCUCCUCCAGGUUUUGCACUCGCUAAGUCCUAAUUCUUUCCCUUUUGUUGAUCUCUCUUUGUUCGUUAUAGUCCUCUCUUUUGAGCAAGCUUUUGAUUUACCCCUUUGUGGUAAGGGAAAACCCACAAAUCUCUUUCUCAGAUCCUAUCUCCAUCGAUCUGAUCGGGGAUUGGGAACCUGGGUUUGGGAAAGAUCUGCUUUCUUAUGUCAUUUUUGGUAACUCAAACUCCAAUCGAUACUCAAAACGCUAAUACGCAGAAUCGAAUUCAAAUGGCUUCUAGUGCCUUGAGACUGCAAGUUCUUCAUGGGUCUUUAGCUAGGCGGGUGCUCUUUCGCGCUUUUCUGUUCGUUUCAGCUAUAACGAUCAUACCUCUGCUUCAGCUCCGCGAUGACGAGCCCGCCCAGCUCCUUGCCGUGGUCUCUGGUGACUGCGCCCCAAAUGAUGAUGUUGUUGUUGCUUCUUCCGAUACACAUUUUCUUCCUGGCGGCCAAUUCCUGAAACCUAUGUCUACUUAUGUGAUUCCUUUUAUACCUUCAACCCUUUCAGUGGUGUCCUGCGAGGAAAAUGCCAACUUCACCUUCCAUUUGUUUAAGGAGCUAAUGGGUCACCAACUGUUGCAUUCUGGUGCCAAAGUUCUCUGUGUCGGAGAUGGGUCGGCCUCGGCUGUCUCGGCAUUGCAGAGCUUGGGCUUCUCUGAUGCUCUUGCGGCCGACCGGCACCCAUUUUUCUCUCUUGCGAGGAAAAGGCUCAUUUAUGGGCUCAAUUUUCAGGACCAUUCUUUCGAUUUUGUUUUCUCCAGAGCUCUUGAUAGGGUGUCCGUCCCUGCUCUUCUUGUGCUUGAGAUUGAGCGUGUCUUGAGACCGGGCGGUAUUGGAGCUAUGCUUGUGCGUGUCAGUGGUUCUAACCCAAGUAGCUUGAUAAAGUCUGCUACUCCUGUUUCAUCAUUCCUGAAAAGUUCUAGGGUCAUUGAUGUACGUGAUUUCGACUUCUUUACAUUGGUUGUUUUCAAGAAAAGAUUUGAUGGUGUCAAUUUUUUUGAGAACUAUAAGCUCCCGGAUGAAUGCCCAUCCAUUAUAAACAACAAACGUUUCAUGGAGUACUUGGAGCCUCUUUCAGAUGAAAAACCAGUUGGAACUGGAAUUCAAGAAAAAAUUUCAUUUUUACCCCACUUCAUGGAUAUCUCUUCUAGGAAGCGGUUGAUUUACAUAGAUGUAGGUGCAGGGGAUUACACAAAUUUCAGCACCAAGAAUUUGUCCCUCCCCUUGUACCCUGCACAAUCCCGAGGCUUUGAUGUUUAUAUUGUUCAUCAUGACACGUCUGUCCUAGCUAGCUAUGUCAAAAAGCCUGGUAUCACUUUUGUUUAUUACCCUGGUCUAGCUGGGAACAAGGUUACUUCCAGUCCUGUUGGACAUUUGAGUCCAUUGUUGGAUGAAGGGUUUGAUUUUCUUGUUUGGUUCAAAGAAACAGUAGCAGCUGAAGAUUUUGUGGUGCUGAAGAUGAAUGCAAAAGGUGUAGAAUUGAAGCUGCUUUUUGAUUUGUUAAAAGAUGGAGCCAUAUGCCUUGUUGACGAGCUCUUUCUUCAUUGCUCAGACAGCAUACAUGACCAAGAUGACACACAUGGAGACUGUAUGGACCUCUUCAGGGCUCUCCGAAGUGGUGGUGUCUUUGUCCAUCAAUGGUAGUUGGGUUGAACUUCCAUGAGAAGUUUUCUGAAUUUUUCAGCACAAAUAAUUAUCAGACAAUUCUGUUUAAUUUCCUUUGAACUUGUUUCAGUUCCGAAAAUAUUUGUUUAAGUCCUGUUUAAGGUCCUUCUUUUGGAGGUGCAGGGAUUAUCUACUCUACUUGAAUUUGUUAUUAUGCAACUAUUUAAUGGCUUAGUAAUCCUUUAUAUAUCUUGUUUGUUUA